AUGCUUGAAGAAAAAUGUACAGACAGUCCAAUAUCUGAACCGUCAAACUAUGCGUUGUCCGCAUUGCCGAAACCUACUGGUAUCCGUGGUGGUGGUGGUUGUUGUACAGAUGAUUUUGAUCCUGGUUGUGUGAUUUGUGGUAUUACUCCUUGUAGUGCUUGUUGUGAUUGUACUUGUUGUCAUUUGGGUGGUAAUGCUGAAACUGGUCCUGGUUAUUGUUAUAAAUGUUGUAGUUGUCUUUGUCUUGAUUGUGGUUGUGAUAUUUGGUAUUAUAUUUGUUGUGGUUGUUGUUGUUGA